AUGGCUUCUUUCUCAAUAGAAGAUUUUGUUGGGAAUGGAUAUCUGAAAGACUUGUUGCCAAGGCUGCUAGAUGAAGGCUGGGAUGAUGUACCUACUUUGAAGGUGAUGAAUGCCGAAGACAUGGAUGAUAUCGGCCUGACUCGACAGCAGAAGGAUGCAAUUGAAAUUAGGUCGUACCUGCAUGACCGGUCGCUGAUGCAGUACGGGGAUCAAUUAGAGGCUUCGGGGAAAGGUUUGCCUGAGCUUCUUGGCUUGAGUAAUGAAGAUCUAGUUACUCAGUUUGGAAUGAAACGAGGCCAUAUUGCUCGUUUCAUGAACAGAAGCACUGCGUGUGCGCCAGAUCCAUUGCCAGCAUCAUAUACCCUCCCAGCAAGGAGGCGAAACAACUUGCCCUCCAGAAAUAGUAGCAUAAAUAAGAGUCAGCUCACACCUGCCAACUCCAAUAAACUUGUUACGCUGAGAUCAUCUGGAAGAAGCAGUUCUGGUUCUGAUUUAACAUUGGAACAGUCCAUGGCGAGCUUUAAAAUCAAGGAUGGAUAUGUCUUCAAGGGAAUUGUAGCAGCAAUGCCGGCAGAGCCUAGGGUGUGUGGCUGCAUGGAACCUCCCCCAGUAGUCGAGAACGUAGCUCCCUACACCACGAUAGAGAAUAUCUCCGUCCAGAAACUAACUCCAGAAUACAAGAUUGGAAUGGAGCGGUUGAUCAAGUCAAAGACACCACCGAUGAAGACUUCAGAGUUGUGGCGAGAGAAACCGGCUAUCUUUGUCUGCAUUCGUAGGCCUGGGUGCAUCAUGUGCCGAGCUGAAGCGCACCAACUCUACUCCAAGAAACCUAUAUUUGAUGCUCUUGGGAUUCAACUAUUUGCAGUAAUUCAUGAGCACAUAGAGUCAGAGAUAAAAGAUUUCUGGCCACGAUACUGGGGUGGUGCCGUGCUCUAUGACAGGGGACAGGAGUUCUUCAAGGCUCUUGGUGGAGGGAAGCUGCUCAAAGACAAGUUCAUAUCCGGUUUCUUACUCAAUCCUAGAGCCAUCGCUAACUACAGGAGAGCAAAAGCUUCGGGCAUGCAAAAUAACUUUAAGGGUGAAGGUGAGAUCAAAGGUGGACUCUUCAUAGUUGGCAAAGGUAAAAGUGGGAUCGCGUACCAGUUCAUUGAGAGAAACUUUGGCGACUGGGCACCACUUCCUGAAGUCAUAGACAUCUGCACUCGUAUUCAGAGCACACAGAGCAGGGAAUUAGACCCAACAAAAACAUUGAAAGAAGAGUCAGAAGAAUGAAGUGAACGACCAAGAGUACAUCUCACAUCAGCUUCCAUAUCUGUCCUUCAUUAAGCUUUCGAUUCAAGAUUUCGAGGGUUUAGUACAAAUAUCUUGUAGUUUGCCUGUAGUAUGAUUUCAAUCUCUUUAUUGUUUUAAGCUA